AUGACAUUACCACGAUUAGAUAAUGAUUGCAUCUAUUAUAUUAUUAAAUUUUCUCAAUAUAAUCGUUCGACUCUAUUUAACUUUUUAUUAGUAAAUAGAUUUUGGUGUAAAGUUACUGUUCCUUUACUUUAUACAAAUCCUUUCUCACCAACUUUAAAGAGUAAAAGUAAAAUCUUAAUUGUAAAAACAUUUCUAUUAUGUUUAAAUGAAGAAGAAAAAAAGUAUUUAAUCAAACAGGAUAAUGUUUGCAAUAUGAAAAUUUUUUUUCAAAAUAAUAAUUUAAAACCAACUUUUGAAUAUCCAAAAUAUAUUAAAUACCUUUCAAAAAGUUUAAUUUAUAACAUAAUUGAUUUUUGGUUUAAAAAACAAAAAAUCGAUACUUGUAAUUUAUUAAAAGUUGCGUUUUAUCAUAUGUUUUUAAGACAAAGUGAUCAAAUUAAAGAAUUGGGAAUUGUUUCUGAUAUAUUUGAUGAAAAUAUAUUUGAUAUUAAUUAUAUUAAUACUUUUAUUAAUAUUUCUAAUUUAACUACUUUACAAUUACAUUAUUCUCGUGUUAUUGAACAUGAAAUUUUUUCAAAAUUUUUACAAAAAUUUGUAGAAUAUUGUAAAAAUAUUAAACAAAUAUCUUUAGAACAAUUUGAACAAGAUUAUCAUUUAUAUGAAAUAUCAUCAAUUAUUAAUAAUCAAUAUAAAUUAAAAGAAUUUGAUUAUUAUCUUCAUACAGUUGAUAAAUUAUCUUCAAAUAUUAUUUUUGAUUCAUUAGAAUAUCAAAAAGAUUCUUUAGUUUCUUUAAAACUUCAUAAUAUUACUUUUGAAAAAUUAAUAUUACAAAGUAUUAUCAAAUUAUAUAAUUUAAAAUCAUUAGAAAUGGAUUCUUUUUAUAAUAUGACAUCAGAAUUUUGUGAAAUUUUUGAAUUUGCUUCAUUUAAACUUAAAAGAUUAAUUAUUAGAAACAAAUUUUGUGAUAAUGAUAUUACUACUAAAAUUAUUAAAUAUUUAGGAUUAACUUUAAAAAUCUUAAAAAUUAAAUAUAUAACUAAUGAAAUUAUGGAAAAAUUGGUUCAAUAUAAUAAUUUAGAUCUUGAUACUUUAGAUAUUGAAUAUACAAAUCAUAAUUUAUUAAUUUUACAUUAUUUGAAAAAUUUAAAAGUUAAAAAUCUAAAUUUAUUUUUAGAUUCUUAUUUAGAUGAUGAAAUUUUCUUUAUUAAAUUAGCUGAAAGUUUAUCUGAAACUACAUCUCAUAUUUCUUUUAUUAAUCGGAAAUUUUUGAAUUUGAAUAUUUUAUCUAAUUUUUUAAAUAAGUGUCAUAAUUAUUUAAUUUCUUUAAAUUUUAAAUGGAAAUGUGGAUUGGGUCAUCUUAAAGUUAUUUUAAAUUAUAUAAAGAAAAAAAAUAAUAAUAAUUUAAAAUAUUUAAGAAUUGGUGAUAAAAAUAUAGAUUGGGAUGUUGAAGAAUUAGAAAUAUUACGUCAGAUUAAAGAGAAAGGAGUUAAAUUAACACAAUUCAUUGAUAAUUAUAAAGAGUAUGAUUAUUCUUAUUCAGAUUAA